UGUUCUCCAUCCUCCCAGAAUCCGGCCUCGCUCCCCACCCCUCUGGCCUCCGCCUGCGCACCGAGGCUCUGCCCUCUGUCCUUCGGCGAAGGAGUGGAGUUUGACCCUUUACCACCGACGGAAGUAAGGUACACCUCCUCGGUCAAGUACGACUCAGACCGGCACUUCAUCGACGACGUCCGCCUGCCCCUGGGCCUGGCCGUGGCCUCCUGCAGCCAGACGGUCACCUGCAUCCCCAACUGCACGUGGCGCAGCUACAAGGCCGAGCUGCGCUUCGAGCCCCGGCACAAGGCCACCCGCUUCCUCAGCACCACCAUCAUCUACCCCAAGUGCCCCAAGACCGUCUACACCACCACCCUGGAUUACAACUGCCGCAAGACGCUGAGGAGGUUCCUGUCCAGCGUGGAGCUCGAGGCCUCGGAGUUCCCGGGCGGCGGGGAUUACCUCUCGGACGAGUGCUGGCUGGGCGGGCUGCUGGGCCCGGCCAGCUCCUCCGCCGCCCUGGUCUCCGCCCUGGUCACCGCGGGCCCCGCUGCCCUCCAGUCUCACUCGUGCCCCCAGGAAUCUAACCUAGAGACACCUCUAAGCCCGGCCUGGGGAAGAGAAAAUGUCACGGCAUCUUAGAGUGAUCGAGAGAAUUGGGUUUUUAAAAAUGCUUUGUUUUGAAAAGGAGUGUCUUUCUAGUUUGCUGCUGUGCACUUUCCCCCAGAGUCUCAAUCUGAUGAGAAAACAGAGAGACGACUAGAGCGACGGGAAAAGGGCCACGGUGUGAACCAGGGAGGGGAGCGCCUCUCCGGGGGACUGUCGGUCUGAGAAAGAGGAGGAGAAGGCCUCUGAUGGAAGCAGUGAGUGUGGCGGGGUUUCAGCCCCGGCCCUCGCUGCGGGAAGCGGCGCUCGCUCCGGGCCUGGGACGCCCAUGUGGGCCCAAUCUGUGCAGAGCCGAGUCCAUGCCAUGUUCUCUUUCCGUUCCCACUUCUAUUUCCUGCUAACCCAAAGCCUGGGGUUCUCUCGGUCUUUUUCACGACAUCAAAAAGCCCCAAACCGCAGAAUAGGAAUUUUUUUUUUAAAGAAAGGGAAGGCUCGUCCUGUGUUCACCUCCUCCCUUGGGCCAGGUGGACGAUGGCGGAGUCUGGAGGCAGGGGCUUCGCCCCGGUCCCUCUGGUCACUCCUGAGCCCAGGCCCUGACAAAGUGCCUCGCACCCUUGGCAUCUGGUGACGUCGCCACAGGCUUGUGUAUUUGGGGCUCCCAAAUACUUUCCUAUUUUUUCACAAGGCAAAACAGCAGAGAGAAGCGGCAUUUGAAAAGAGUGCUUGAGAGAAACGCUUUCGGGGACUCCACCAGGGGGCUUCACCCAGGACCUGACCCCACCUGGGGGCAGAUGUCUGUUUCUGGUGACCUGGUCCAUCAGGAUGGGUGCCCCCCCAGGGCCCCUGGGUCAGCUGCACUCGGCCUCCACUGUGUCCACAUUGCAGAGGAAUUCCACCAGUGCCUUAGGUCUAAGCCGAAAGCAAGGAAACCCCCCCCCACCUCGACCGCCCCCGCCUCCUGUGAAGCAAAAGGUGAAGUCAAAGUAGGGCCUGAUGCCCCAAGUCCAAUUCCAAAACCUGGGCCUGGGUGCUGUUGUGACGGUUCCAUUCCCUUAAGUGUUCAUUUUAGUGUAAGGGACACAGCACUGAGUGUGAACUGAAGAAAGAAACUUCGUGAAUUCAGCUGAACUGGCCUCAGAAGCAGGGGCGGUGGCUGGGCCAGGAGGGUGCAGGGGGCCAGGCUGCCUCUGCCUUCACCCCCUGCCCGCCCUGCCUCACCCCAACCCUUACUUCUUCCUGCCAAUCCCUGAGGUUUCUGAGUGAAGAAAGUGGCAGAUGGCUUUUUCUCUCCCGGUGCUGGAAAGAACAAACGCUGACUAUUUCCUCUGACUACAUCCAAAUUGUCAAGUGCCUGAGGGUUACAGAGCACGGUUAGCUUGGGCUCCCGCUGUUUCUGCUGAUGGCUUUGUCCAUCGGCCCUGCAAGCAGAAUUGAUAGCUGUGUGGGCACCUGGAGCCACAGCAGGGACUUCUGUUCUGAGGAGAGCAGGUGUGAGCAGGAGAGAUGAUGAUCACACCCAUUUAAAGUCCUUGGAGGCCUAUGGAGCCAAAUUGUCUGGUGUCCUCCUCAUGUUUAACCAUGUGUGGUCGGUGGUGCUCCUAGCUGAUUGCAAGCAUCCCCCCGCCCCCAGCCUGUGGAGCCUGCAGGGGGCGGGACCUUCCUGAGUUUGCCAGGGUGGGGCCGGGGGAGGGGGGUGUCCCCUCUGGGGCCCUACAGUCUCCUUAGUCACGCUGAGCAACAAAUGCUUCCUGUGUUUGGAAAAGCAAAUGGCAUGGCAUUUAUGAGAAAUAUGGAUUUCUCUCUCCAAUUCCAUAGUCUUAUCAUGUAAGACACAUGGUAAAUGUGAUUUUUAAAUUAUGUUAAGAGAAUUCCCAAGGCUUUGCUCUGGCCCAAUGGGGACAACUUGAGUGAGCUCAGGACACCGUCGUGGGCAGCCCGUCAGGAGAGGCGGGGGCUGGAGAGCAGGGCUGUAGGCACAGCCCGUGCUGAGACGUCCACGUGGGAUUUCAUUUUAGGGGCAUUGGGUUAAGUUCAGGCAAGUCAUUCUAGGUGGGGAGAGAAUCGGAAUGAUAUCCGGAAAGUAAGUAGAAGUGAGCGGUUGUGAAUGUGUAAUGCACAUGGAAAAGCAGGUUUUAUUUUAAGUUAUUCACUAGGGAACCGACUGGAGUUCUUCCUCAUCCUUUUCCCUCAAACCUGCUUGGCUGAACGUAGCAGCAAAGCAAUCACGUGAAGACGCAGUGGGACACUCGGGGCGGCUGAAUGACACCGGUGGAUGGUGGGUUCCUGUUGGUUUGCAAGGCGGAAGCAGCGCUUUCUAAAACUCACUCGUUAAAACCAAACAUUCCUGAGCGCACCUGGGAGACACCGUUUCCUUAUGAAUCAACGUCUUUUUCCUCAGGCUCUUGAGUGAUGGCUUUCAUGUAAGAAGGAUGAUUGGUGUUUUCAGAAAAGAAGUUGUUUUAUUUCCAUGACCUUUUAAGAAUGAGUGAUGGCCUGGUCAUUGGAUGCUUUCCUGUUUCUAACCUUAGGAAACCCAGGACAGCAUUGGACAAAAGCUGUUUUUUAAAUUUAUCUUUGACCUCUGUUCCCCUCCAUUUCGCUUUGUGACUUCUUCAUUUAACAAUAAAUUAUCUUUUAAAAAAAAAA